UUCGGAAGCAACCGGCGAGUGUGGUUCUAUCUUGUGUGGCAGCUUUCGAUUUUUCUUUACUCUGUAUUUUGCCAGAUCAUCUGCGACAGUUGUUUAGUGUUGUUUGCGCAGCAUAAGGUGAAGGACAGCUGUUGUGAAACCGGGCAUAAAAGAAGGUCAGCAGAUUAGAGGUGGAGUAAAAGAAAAUCCAGAGCAGCAGCAGCCGCCGAUCGACCAACCGAACCAGAAGAGAAAAGAUAGAGAGCGUGUGUGUGUUCAGCACGAAUUAGAUGUGGUCUGGUCUCGUGUUACAGAUAUAAUAAACCUUUUGAGUGGAUCACUUUUUCAUUCAUUUCGGUUCGAUUAGUGACAUAUGGGAGAUCUUUUUGGAAACGAUUUGAGCGAACUCUGCAUACGCUGAAGAUAAUCUUCGAUACUCUGUAGCUGAGCAGAUGGUGGAAACAGCAACGUGUAGUACAUCAGCUUUGCUUGAACUAAUUGGAUUUCGUGAAUGAUUUAGAGCGGGUAAUAUUAGAGUGCUGUGGAGCAUGUGAAUAGUUCAAGUAUUGGAAAGAAACGUUGUACUUAAUAGUUCGAGUGGGAGCGGUAUAGGCGAUACAUAGAACAGACAGUUACGUCAUAAUUCCUGAAAAUUACAAAGCGAAACAAGCGGAAGCUAUAUAAUCAGCUUGUUUUCUUGAGAUAUUCGCCUCUGGAUUAAGAACCGCACGGCGGAAGUGUAGCGAGGCGUUGCAAACGAAACGAAAGAAAACAACAUCUGCUUCGGGAAACGCAGAGACAGGAAGCACCAACCGUACCUACACGCAAAGGUGCACCCAACUGGUGACGGGCAGCAGUGGCAAACUGGGCUAAGCGCACACACCAACUCGCACCGGAAAAGUGGGAAGACACAAAACCAGCGAGCAGACGUCAUACGGCGCCGGUUCCCAAAAUCGUGCACUGCAACUUUGCGCCGUACAUUGUUGACCUACUCCAGUAAUCGAUCGUGAGACGCGUGAGGGCACGUGUUUCGUCACCGGUGGCGGUAAAUUCAUUGAAGAUUCCAGCUAAAUACUCCCACCCACUCAACAUGCAGGUCGAAAGUGCAGCAAAGUGGCGCGUUCCACCUCUGGAUCUAUCAGCCGUCAGUGUGCUCUCGAAUGAAACUGAUCGCCGCUGGAUGAACGGUCACCAUCACCACCACCAUCACUUGUCUCAUCACCAUCAUCAACAGCAGCAGCAGCACCUACACACGACAGGCGGUGGUUCCAACGGACAAACACCACCCCCUCCGCCACCGUCGAAAAAGAUCCAGUACGGUGCCGAUGGUUUGCCGAUCGAUCCACGUGAUUGGACCCGUGCCAACGUCUGGACCUGGCUGAUCAACCUUGCCCAAUCGGAAGGAUUGGACAUCAGUCCGGAGUUGGCGCAAAAGUUUCCCAUGAAUGGAAAGGCACUCUGUCUAAUGAGUCUUGAUAUGUAUCUCACCCGAGUGCCGGUCGGUGGCAAGAUGCUUUAUCGCGAUUUUCGAGUGCGACUCGCUAGAGCUAUGAGUUUGUAAGAUCCCCAUCUAUUCCUAAUAAAGUGCUAAGUAGUUGUCCGAGUACCCCAAAUAAGUUUAGUCGUAAGCUAUGUUAUGUUCUGUGUAAUUGAAACGAUGCAUUAUCACUCUGUUAGCACAACGGUUACCAAUUUAGCUAACUUCCAAAGCUUCACACGUUACUACAAAGAGCCGAAUAAUCACGCAUCGUGACGUUCAUCCAUGCUCUAGCAUUGUGAGAGUUUGAAAUAAAAACCAAAACCCCGUUAGUAAAGGUUCUACUUAAAUA